AUGGCCCAGCUAUUUGGACAUUCUACAAGGUUCCCGUUCUACAUGAUUCAACCUUCAAAGGAAGUUGUUGAAAAAGAAAAAUUCUAUCAUCACUGCCUGCUGAUCACAUCUAAUGCCUGUAACUUGGACCCGGCAAGAGUGAAAACUGAACUAAACAAGUUCUGGAAGCUGACUGAUGACUGGGAUAUAAAGAGAGAAGGUAGGCAGAAUUUCGUAGCAUCCUUCAACUCAGAGGAUGACCUACUAAGCUGUUUAAAGCCUCCCAAUGUAGAAACAUUUCUGGGUGAAAAGGAGGUCAAUUUCACUGUAGCAAGGUGGGAUGAAGGUGAUGGGGAAAAGCUUGACUUGAUCAGAGAGUGGCUUUUGGUCUAUGGGGUCCCAGGUGCAUAUAGAAACUGGAAGGAGCUAUAUCAAGUUGCAUCUGCAGUUGGAGUUUUGCUUGAGGUGGAUGAGGAAAGUUUGGAAAGUGGAGAUAAGGAGCCUAUUAGGUUAAGGAUAGCAUUGGGAAGUCUUGUUGGUGCUCCUUUCUCUUGCCACUUUGUGUUUGGAUGGUCUUCUAGACUAGUCGAGUUCAUGAUUGGAGACAAAGUAAAAAGGAUAGAAGGGCAAUGGAAGGAAGUAGAAGAACGGAAUGUUAGCGGCAUGAAGGAAUAUGUAGAUAUAAGAGAAGAAGGUAUUGAGGUACCUCCAGAAACACCGAACAAAGGAAUGGAUUUCUUAGGCAAUUAUUCUUUGGCUUUUGGAAGUUGCUCAGGCAAGGAACGUAAAGAAGAACUGAAGACAACAGAAAGAGCUACAUUGCUGGAAGUGGCGAAGUUCAUUGCAGAGUUGAGAGCUGAUGAAGAGAUCACGGAAAACAGCGCAAGUGCUAUGGCAGCCAGCACAACAAACUCAAAGAAAGCAGCAAAAGGGGGGCAAUCCCCAAGUGAAAGCUCAGCAAGAGGUGAUCAUAUGUCGUGUUUGGAAGAUUGUUCCGACAAGGAUCAUCAAAAGAAACUGAAGACUGACAUGGCUACAUUACUGCAAGUGUCGAAGUUCACUGAAGACUUAAGAACUGAUGGAGAGAUCAAAGAAAACAAUGCAAGUGCUUUAGUGGGCACCGGAACGAACUCUGAGAGAGCUACAGAAGACAUUCCAAAAGCUGAAGGUUGGCAAUCCAUAAGCGGAAGUUCAACUUCAACGAGCUUCAUUGAAAGGGUCCCCAGAGGUAUGCACAAGCCACCUAUAAAAAAUGUGUACACAAGGAGAGAUCGGAAGCAAAAAGAAUCGACAGAAGGUUCCACUUUGUUUGCUGACAUCAGUUCUAACAGUGCCCAUGAAGGCAUACAGAAGCCACCUAUAAAAAUUGUAUUCGAGAGAAGAAGUGAUCCCAAGCAAAAAGGAUCCACAGGGGGGCAACUUGCUUCAAAGGAACUGAACAAAGGAAUGAACCCAGGGAGCAGCAGUCACGCCACAAGGAUUGCAACCUUAACAUGCAAUAUGUUGGACUCAAAAUUUUUAUUAGAGAAGCAACAUGAGAAAGAAAUGAAAAUGGCAGAAACAGCUUUACUAGGAAAAGGACCAGAGUCGACUGAAGAAUUUGGAGAUGGAGAGAAUAAAGACAACAACGUAAGGACCAGUACAGCGGACUAUACGAGAAACAAAACAGCAGCGAAGACUCUGGGAGCUGAAGGAGCACAAUCUAUCAAGGGAAGUUCAGCGUGCAUGAUUAGAGUAACUCAAACAAAAGGUGUUGACGUGGCUGCAACGGUACUAGAAGGAGCUCGGUUUGAUGGAAAGCAGCCUGUUUCCAAGAUGACUACGCGGCUAACUCAAUUUUAUGAGGAGUUCAACACAUAUAAUGAAAUCCAUGACAGUUUCGUUGAGAUGGGUCUUCGAGAAAAUCUGCUGAAAGGAAUAUAUGCAUAUGGUCUGGCGAUGCCUUCUGCAAUCCAUCGACGAGGAAUUGUCCCAUUCUGCAAGGGUCUGGAUGUUAUCCAGCAGUCACUGUCUGGAACAACUGUGACACUUGCCUGUGGAGUUCUCCAGCGACUCGAUUAUGGAUCCACGGAAUGCCAAGCUUUGGUUCUUGUACCAACGCGUGACUUGGCACAGGAGACCGAGAAAGUUAUUGGAGCACUUGGUCAGUGGCUAGGUGUCAAAGCUCAUGCUUGUCUUGGAGGAACUAGUAUUCGUGAGGAGAAGCAAAUAUCGUCGAGCAGCAAUCAGGUUAUUGUCGCCACUCCUGGCCGCGCUCUUAACAUGCUGACAAGACGAGCACUUUGUCCAGAUAACAUCAGAAUGUUCGUCUUGGAUGAAGCUGAUGAAAUACUCGCAGGAGGUUUGAAGAACCAGAUCUACGAUAUUAUCCAGCUUCUCCCAGCCAAAAUCCUGUUUGCUGUAUUCUCUACCGCCAUGUCCAAUGAAGCUCUUGAACUUUGCCGGAAGUGCAUGAAUAAGCCUAUGAAGGUCAUAGUGCCGAAAGAUGAAGAACUUGAGGGUUUUAGUGUUAAGCAGUUCUAUGUUAAAGCUGAGAAUGAAGAAUCGAAGUUUCAAAAAUUAUGUGAUCUUUUUGACACCAUGGCCGUCAUGCAAAACAUCAUCUUUGUCAACGCACGUCGGAAGGUCAAGCCACUGACCGAAAAGAUCAGAGGCAGGGGGUACACUGUCUCGGCAAGCCAUGGUGGUAUGGACCAGCACUCCAGAGAUGCUGCCGUCCAGGAUCUCCAGUCGGGAUCAUCCCGUGUCCUCGUCACCACCGACCUUCAUGGCGCUGAUGCAUUGCAGGUCCCUGUUGUCAUCAACUAUGAUCUGCCAGCACAACCAGUACAAUACCUUCGUAAUGUUCGACGAAGUGGACAUCCUGGAGGGAUUGGUGUAGCUAUCAGCUUUGUUGCUCGUGCUGAUGAGCGUGUUCUGUCUGGCAUCCAAAGGUUCUGCAAUACUCAGAUGGCGGAGUUACCCUCCAACGUCGCUGACCUCUUGUGA